AUGAAAGUCAAAGUAGAUGUGCCAAAACAGAGUUUAAAUGUAAAAAAUGCAGAAAACGAAGAAAAUGUUAUUGUGAUUGGAAACCAAAAAUACGAUUUGUCACUCCCCGAAUUUAUUGAGAUUGAGAUCGUGUCUGACAAACAAGUAGAUUUAGAUAAUUUUACAAUCACAAAAAACGUUUUUCUCGUUGCAGCGAAUGGGUUUGAAUACAACAACACGUUGUGCAAGUCGGGGUACUUCCAAAACGGCAUUUUCAUCUGUCAAAAUCAUUUACCAUGUUCUGAGGGUGGUAAGACCACCGAUGGAAGAUGUGCAGCAUGUCAAGUCACAAAUUGUGUGAUGUGUGAUGGUGACAAAGGCAAUUGUAUGAAAUGCAAAGAGAAUUUGACAUACAAUACCAAUACAAACACAUGUGAAAAAUACACAAACUGUCUUUCAUUUACAGAAGACAAGUGUCUUCGAUGUAACGAUGGCUUUGUAUUUGAAGGUAACAAUUGUGUUAAUAUCACUGAAGACAACAGAAAUUGCCAGAUUGAAGUCGGCGUUCCGUCAGAGUGCAGAAUGUGUGAUUUAACAAACACUACAUUAAUCAACACUAAUGGCGUUUGCAGUGUUGUAGACAGCAAUGUUGUUGUUCACAGUCUUUCAAAUGUUGUUGAAUGCAAAGAUGGGUUUUAUGUACAAAACAACGUGUGUAACGACUGCACAACUAACAACGAUGGAAGUUUGUUGUGCUCAUCCAAAACCAUUGAGAAGUGUGAUAAGACGUAUUACGUGAAAGAAGAUGGCAGUGUUUGUGUCAAAAACGUGUGUUCAGAAGGAAUAAACAAUGAAGAGAAUGGGAAAUGUGCGCCACAAAUAGACAACUGUGUAAAGUAUGUGAAUGGUAUGUGUGUCGAAUGCUCUUCAAAGUACUCAUAUGAUGGCGAUGUUAGUUGUGUUGAUCAAACAAAAGUUGAUGUGAACUGUGGAACAGCAACUCCGAUUGGGUGUAUCAGAUGUGAUGGAAAUACCUUCCUGAAUGUAAUGACACACAAAUGUGACACGUGCAACUCAAUUUGUGAAAGUUGUUUGGAUACGACGAUGUGCCUGUCAUGUGUAGAUGGGUACUUUUUGAGUGACCACAUCUGCAAAUCCAAUGAUGAGUUGAAUGACACUUGUGCACGAAAGGUGCCAAAUGGGAAUGGCUGUUUGGAGUGCAAAGUUGGGUAUUACAAGAAGGGAGCAGAUUGUGCACAUUGUAAUGUCAAGUGUGGUGAGUGUCUGACAGAGAACUCGUGUAUUAAAUGCAAUGCAACAACCUACAAAACGAGUAAUGGCGAUUGUCUUCCGCGCUCUUCAAUAUCGACGUGUGCCGUUGAAGUGACUGAAAGUGGCUGUUCAAUGUGUAAAAACGGGUAUUACACUGUCAAUGGAAAUGAGUGUCAGAAGUGUGUUGAAAGGUGUGCAAAGUGUUCAGAACAAUAUCGGUGCACAUCAUGUGAUGACACAUAUGUACUCAAAAGCACCAUGUGUGUGAGUUAUAACACCAUCACAAAGUGCACAAAAACAAAAGACUCAAAAUGUUCUUCAUGUACAUUUUGGUAUUCACCAAGUGACGAUGGCACAUUUUGUUCAAAGACAGCAGUGUGGUGGGUGAUACUUCUUAUAGUUGUUGUUAUCAUCGCCAUUCUUGUGUUGAUCAUAGUGUUGGUCUCCUUUGUAAUGGUUAAAGUCAUUAAGUACAAAAGAGAUACCAGUGGACUCACACUCUUCAAAUUAAAGCACACAAAUAUGAUUUUCGUUAAAAUGGCAGACGGUCUGACAAUUCACACCAGAAAUGAAGAAUUUGUGAUCACCGAUGAUGACCAAGACUAUGAGGAAAUUGAUGUUAACAGAGAAAUUAAAAAUCUGUUUUCGAUUGGAAACACAACAAACCAUAAAGUAAAGAUUCAAUUCACCACUAAAAACGAUAUUGAAAAAUACACAAUCCGUUUUGAACCUUCAAUUGCAACAAUUCCUCCAAAGUUCGCAUGUGAAUUUAGUCUAUUUCUUAAUCCAUUGUGUACAUCGACAAUAGACAGUACUUUUAUUGUUAGUUAUCUCUUUACCACUAGUGAUAAUAUAUCGUGUGCACAUCAUGUUAAUUUUAAAUACACCACCAAACUAUCAACACGACUUGAUCCAGACGAGUUGGUUGAAGAGAAGAAACUCGGAGAAGGCUCUUUUGGAAUUGUGUUUAAAGGUAUUUUCAGAGGAAAUAUCGUUGCUAUCAAAAAAAUGAAAAAUAUAGUCAAUUCUUCACAUCAAAUGGAAGAAUUUGAGAAUGAGGUAUUAAUGUUAGACAAGUUUAGAAGUGAAUAUAUUGUUUACUUUUAUGGCGCUGUAUUCAUACCAAACAAGAUAUGUUUAGUCACUGAAUUUGCACAAUAUGGAAGUUUACAAGACUUGAUGAAAAAUAAAAAGAGUGAAAUUAUUGAUAUACAACUUUGUGUCAAAUUCAUGUUAGACGCUUCAAAGGGAAUUUUAUAUCUUCAUGAAAAUGGGAUGCUACACAGAGACAUCAAACCAGACAACAUCCUCGUGUUGUCGUUAGAUUUGAAUGACGUGAACGCCAAAUUGACUGAUUUUGGAAGUGCUAGAAAUGUCAAUUUAUUGAUGACUAAUAUGACCUUCACAAAAGGAAUUGGAACACCAAUUUAUAUGGCACCUGAAGUGUUGAAACAGGAAAAAUACACGAAAAGUGCGGACGUGUAUUCAUUUGCAAUAACCAUGUUUGAGUGUUUUUCUUGGUAA